AUGGCAGUUUCUGCAGAAGCAUCCCAUUCGCAGCUGCAGGGAAUAGCAAAUAACGAAUCCAAGGGACCUGGAGAGGCAAGCAGCACUGAGGCAAGUAGUUUAAUCUCCAAGGCGGCAGAAGACGUGGUGUCAUUAUCUGUUUAUGCGGCACCAUCCUCCCAGCAGCACCACCAGCCGCAAAUAAUUAGUGUACUCAGGGGACCAGGAGAGAAAAGUAUUGAGGGCAACGGUUUCGUUCGUAAUUUGGUGGAUGACGACGAUCAGUCCGUUUCUGCCUCAGCACCACCAUCCCCACUGCAGCAAAUAAACACCAUGCCGGAGGGACUAAGUAACAAGGGAAACAGUUUUGUCCACGGCCUAGUUGAUGACGCGGAGUCCAUAUCUGUAUCUGGACCAUCAUCCCCAUUACAGCAAAUACCCGAUGUAGGCAAGGGACCUGGAGAGACAAGCACUGAUGAUGAGAUUGGCAAGCGGCUGGAUGUCUAUCCUCGGCAACUCUGCUUCCCCUUCGAGCCAAACAAGCUCAUCCGAUGUGCAGUGACCCUUACCAACAGAACAGAAUAUUACGUUGGCGUCUGGAUUACACUGAGCUAUCCAGAUAGACGCUUGGGCUUUGGUUUUCCUAUUAUGUGUGGGAACGAGUCUUUCCAAGACACGUUCUCGUAUUUCUCUGAAAUGAUGGACCCACAUUCCACUUUGGCCGUGCCUAUGACAAUGAAGGAGUUACAGAGGCUGCCACUUUUGAACACAGGCAAGUUUGUUGUUCUGAUGAUCGUCAUGAGACAGAAGGAACACAUCGAAAAGUUGAUGAAGGCAUCCAACAUGGAGAGCGAUCUUCUGAAUGGAGCUCAGGAGUUGGGGGCCAUGGUGAACCGGGUGGUACUAACAGCUUCCAUAGGUGACCCAGCAUGCUGCCAGGCAGUGAUUGCCAACUACAAGUUCAUGCCAAAGCGGACGUCAUUUUGCGACAUUCAAGCCAUCACAGACGUGCACCCCACCAAGACAUGGUUAUUGGCGAGUCAGAAAGGAGGUAGUGUUUCCAUUUGGAACUAUCAGACGCAGCUCUGGAAGAUUGAUUCUUCGGAUCCUGUCACCACGAUGGAGGGGAUGAAGAAGGCCGGUUAUCUUUGUGAUGAUACUCAGUGGCACACCAUGGUUACAACUAAUCACCUGCAGACCAAAGACAAAAAAAGAGCAUUGAUAUGGAAUUUACAGACAAAGGAAUGUGUUCACAGACUUGGCCUGAGCGGCUGGGACAUAUACGACAUGGCAUGCCACCCAACACUUCCAAUAUUGGCUACUAGCCAUUCAGAUGGCAGCAUCGUUUGUUUGUGGGAUACCAGGGCCUACAGGUAA